AUGCACAUUUUCCUCACAAACGACGAUGGUCCUCCAGAUGCUAGGGCUUCCCCAUAUUUGCGCCAUUUCAUCCAACAUAUACUGACAACUCGUCCCGACUGGCAUCUCACAAUCUGUGUGCCAGACCAACAACGAUCUUGGAUCGGCAAGGCGAUAUUCGUGGGUCGUGAUGUACAUGCACGUUUUGCUUACAUGAGCCGCGAUGCCAUUGAUGACGUAAUGACCGGCCCGUAUCUGCAACCGCAACGUUCUGUGCAGGGCACCAAGCUUCCAUGCGUCUCGAACGAAGGUAUCGCAUCAGAUGCCAUCGAGUUCUGUCUUGUCGACGGAACCCCCGCAACAGCUACCGACGUUGGUCUUCAUCAUUUGACUACUAACAAAUUCGACCUAGUUGUCUCAGGUCCCAACGUAGGACGCAAUUCUUCUGCAGGCUACGUAACCUCUAGCGGAACCAUCGGAGCAGCUAUGGAGGCAGUCAUCUCCAGCGGUGUUCGUUCAGUAGCUUUGUCGUGGGCCUACUUUGAUGGUGUAAAGUAUGUGGAAGAUCAUAUUCUUAAAAGCGCCUCCGAACAAAGUUGUCGAGUCAUUGAGCAUCUAAUCGGAAACUGGAAUACGGACACUCAGCUCUAUAAUGUCAACGUCCCACUCCUUGAUUCUCUUUCCUCUAAAACGAAGGCUAUCUACACGCAUAUAUUGGAAAACCAGUGGUGCUCCGUCUACAGUGCAGGGUUCGAUGCAGACACCGGCCAGGCCAAAGAGCAAAUUUCCGACGUUGAAUCUGGCAACAAAGGCAUCACUUUUACAUGGCAACCGAAUUUCCAAAAACAACGGGAGGCCAUUUUUCAGAGUCCACCAGACAGUAAGAAUGAUGGACGGACAAUCGAAGCGGGACUAAUUAGCGUGACACCGCUACGAGCCGUAUUCCAUCAGGUUCAAGGCUUACUUGGAGAGCUGUCUUUGAAAGAACCAGUCUCUAUUCAGAGUCAUAUUGACGAAGCAACCGUGAGCAAAAAAGAGGGUUUUUUACUCCUUACCGUUCCUUCGAACGAGUACAUCUAUGCUCCUUUAACAUCUUCAAUUGAAUCUCGGUUGCCCAAUGUCAAAAUAGUAAGGUCGCUUCCAAAAAACGCGGAGGGUUUAAAAAUCCUUCAUUACGGUGAUUACGAGCAUAUCGACAUGGACAAACUGGUCUCAGACGAUACUUAUUUUGCUAACACGUACGUCUAUCGCAAAGCGCUCAUUCGCAAGCACUUUCUUGCCCAUACGAUACAUUCAUACGUUGUAAAGCACUCGGAAUCUGCGCUUGCCAAGGCAUAUCUCGAAACUUUUACCAUAGACGUUGACUACGCGGAGUUCCUGGAUGAUGCUUUGGACGAAAAUUGGGAAUUAAGGCAAGAACUUGAGUCCGAGGAGAAAUGGUGGAUACUGAAACCCAGUAUGAGCGACAAAGCACAAGGAAUUAGAGUCUUUAAGACUAUUGGAGAUCUUCAAUCUAUUUUCGAUUCGUUUGACGAGGAACCCACCGAUGACGAAGGUGAAAUGAACCCCAAUAGCAUCGUCACUUCUCAGUUGCGCCAUUUCAUUGUCCAGGAAUAUAUGACAAACCCACUAUUGGUGCCUUCUCUUCAAAAUAGAAAGUUUCACAUUCGAUGCUACGUGACCUGCGUCGGCGAUUUAGAAGUUUACGUGUACGAUCGUAUGCUAGCCCUGUUUGCCCCGGAGACUUUCAAAAGACUCACCGACGACUAUAUUGCUACCGAUUCACAACAACUGGCCUGCCAUUUAACAAAUACAUGUCUUCAGGAUGAUGUGCAAAUCAAAGAGACAACUGUAAAAGAAUUGGACACGUUGAAGGAGCUGUCUACCAGCGACCGGCUCAAAAUAAAGUCUCAGAUACAUGAAAUAACCCGUGAGCUUUUCUUGGCUGCAGUGACGACAAACAGAAUCAAUUUUCAGCCCCUACCAAAUGCCUUCGAAACUUAUGGAUUAGAUUUUCUGGUUGAUUCUUUUUUGAAUGUGAAAGUUCUAGAGGUGAACGCCUAUCCUGAUUUCAAGCAAACAGGAACAGAGUUGAAAGGCGUGAUUGAUGAGCUCUUUGACGAAGUCACCAAAAACUGCAUAGUUCCACUUUUUGAGGGCACUAAAGCCGCGUAUGAGACCUCAAACUUUGUCAGAGUCCUUGACCAUCAGUCGCAUGGCUGGUAA